AUGUUACCUCUGAUUCAAAACCAUCAUUAAUUGAAAUUCGAUGUCAAUGAGGUCGAUAUGGACUUGGGAGUCAAGGGUUCACAUGGUUUUGUUGGAUUACGUAAUUUGGGAGCUACUUGUUAUAUCAAUUCUCUGCUACAAUAAUUCUAUAUGAAUAUCCCCUUGCGUAAAGGCAUCUUGAAUGGGCAGAUCAUGAUCACUGAAAUGAAGGCUCCUCUCAUCUUCGAUAACAUCAAUGCUGUUGAUUCACCAAUUUUGCAACGUAAAAUGGCAGAUCAUACUUUACACUAAUUGUAGUUAGUAUUCAUUCAACUCCAAGAAUCUGUGAAGCAGUACAUCAAUCCUCAUUAAUUGAUUAAAACAUUGAAGGGAUAUGAUGGCGAAGUCAUUAAUGUCGUAAUUUAAUAGGAUUGCAAUGAAUUUUUUAAUUUAAUCACUGAUAAAUUGGAAUAGGACUAGAAAUUCACUAAUUAAUCCAAUUUAAUACAUUAAAUUUUAGGUGGUACAUUAGUUAAUGAAAUCAAAUCAUUAGAACCUGAGUAUGAUUUUAGGAGAGAAAAUGAAGAACCCUUCUUGACUGUCUCUGUUGACAUCAAACAUAAGAAGUGUCUUGAAGAAGCAUUAGAUUUUGUUUGUCAAGGGGGAUGUUCUUGA